ACUCGUACGCCAUACCAAAGAUUACAGUGUAUUAUUGGAAAUAGCCCAUACGUCUUCCAACAAACCUAGUGUUAAGACCUGCUCCAGUAUAUACGCCUCACCUCUACUGUGGAUCUGUGGAUUUAAAUGAUAUGUUUAAUCACAAUUACCUACUUUAAAAUAAAGUAAUUUAAAUUUUAAUAUUAAUUUACUCAUAGAACAUAAAAGUCGAUUCGUCAAUCGGUAAUCUGGAAAUUAAAUUGAUUUGAAAGAUUUAUUAACUCGCAAGACGCAACUUUAAACUUUUACCAUGAGGACAGAUGUGGACAAAGAAGCUGGUACAUAUGUUCUGAGAAGUUAUGGAGAAUUCUUUAAAAAGCAGUAUCAAGACUAUAUAUCUUUGUUGGAAGAUGAAAGUAGAGAAGACAAUAAAACAUUCUCACCCAUACAAGUUGUUUUGGAGUCUAGUGAACUUGUGCCAAUUACAGAUUUAGUUUCAUCUGAUAAUGCUGUGAUAACAAAAGUUUUAAGUGUGCUGACAUCUCUGUGUGUGGAAAUUCAUGAUUUAAAAAAAGAAGCUUUUGAAAGCCAUUUCAAAUUCCUGUCAGUAUAUGAUGAAUAUGCUCAAAGUGACAUAUCUGCUCAAAUGGAAUCAAUAUGUCUAUUGAACACAUUUUUAAGUCGUUGCAAUGACACACUGAACAACUUGUGCUGCCAAAUAUUUGCCAUUUUUAAUGAAGACAUUGUUAAUUUGAAUGGAAUUCAAUGGCACUUUAUGAUAAAUAAAAUUGGUGAAAUAUUCACACUAAUAGUAAUUUUAGAAAUGUUGAUUUCAAGAUGCACCAUUACAUCAAAUUGGAAUAAUUUUCGCAAGACUCUAAAAGUGUAUGACACAAAGCACAAUGAUCUGGGCUUAGAUGAAGAAAAAUUGGGAGCUUUAAAUGGAGCUGUAAACAACAUAACAGCAAAACUAAUGAAUGAUGAUAUAAUUCAAAGCACUUUACAAAAUCUUCUUAUGCUAAGAAAAAAUUAUUUAUCACUAAAGAACUGUUCAGUUGUUACAGCGGAAUUUACUCAAUAUAUAAAACUCGCUAUAACAAAUCUGGACAAACUAGCUCAGGAUAAACCUAGUGGUGACAAUUUGUACAAAUGCAUUAAAAUAAAUGCUUUAUUUGUUUUGAACACGCAUCUUUUUGGAAAUAAUGACAAAAAAACCUUUAAAAGUUUAAUGGAAUUGAACACAAAGGCACACAGUAUCUUCGUAAUUGGGACAGCCAUUUGGUUUCCUGAGCAAUUUCUUCAAAGAUUUGUUCCAGCCCUUUGUGGCAACUACAACAAACUAUCACAAGGUAUGCUUAAGGCGAGACAGGCUUAUAUGAGCACAAAAAAGAUGUCUUUAACCAAAGAUAUUGUAAGCCUUCAAUAUAUAUGCUCCCAAUGGGCAUUGACAGUUGAAGAAGUUUUUUCCAAAAACAAUAAGUUGAGUGCUGCAGAAAUGACGCUUCAUGCAAAAACCAUUGUGGAUGGCUUAGAUGUGGCCUCAAAUAUAAAUUAUUCAGUUUUAUCUUUAAUAAAUUUACACCUUUCUCUGGGUAUGCCAUUAACAAAACAGAUGUUGAUGUCUAUGUUUGAAAUUGUGGAUAUCCUGAAGAGUUUGUGGAAUGCUGUCAGUAGAAAUUAUGAUCAGAUUAUAAAUUCUAUGAAUAUGAUUAUACAACAUUUAACAUUUCAAGCGGUUUCUUCAAUACUUGAAAUAAAAAAGACAUUGAUAAGUGACAAAAAGUAUGCCAAUAAGAGGUUGGAUGAGCUUACUUGUAUUGUAAUUGCAGAACAAACUAUAAAAGGAGCUUCAACCUUGGAACGCAAUAUAGCAACUAAUAUUGCACUCAGUUUUGUGCCUGAAACAACAUAUAUUGAGGAUACAUAUGUGAAAUUAGGGUUAUUGCUUGAAAAAAUACAAAUAAUAUCUGACUUUCCUAACAGCAUUAAGAAACAUUGCAAUUGUUCCUGGCUUCUAUGGCAUCACAAUAUAAUUCCAAUAUAUUUUGAACAAAAUUUUAGCAUGCAAUUACAAGCUAUAAAGUUAAAGUAUUUUCUACUGGCAUUAGAUGAUUGUGUUAUUUUAUUAGAAGAAACAGAUAAACUGUUUGACUUUAGCAGAGCCGCUGAGUUUAAAAACAAACUCAAAGUGAUAUUUGAUGAACAUGUCCUGAAAAAUAUUAGUCAGAACAUAGAAACAAAUCUACGUUUACAUAUCCAUUCCCAUUUACAAUUAGAUGUUGUAGAUCCUUUAACGCAUGAUAUGAUAAAAAAGAUAUUACUUCUGUUAGACAACCUUCGUCUGCACAAUAUGUACAUGUCAGUAAUGCCAUGUGUAGAACAUUAUCUGUCAAAGACUUGUUAUAAUUUAACCACUGUUGUCUUGUCGGACUGGAAAACCUAUGGUGAAAUGCGCCAAAUGGCUAAGCUCAAGUUCAAGGUGUUGACAAUACAGGACAACCUUCCAACUCAAACUUUGGAACAAGGUUUAGAUGUAUUGGAAAUUAUGCGCAACAUUCAUAUAUUUGUUUCCAGAUAUCAAUACAACCUCAACAAUCAAAUAUUUAUUGAGAAAAGUAGUAAUAACAAACAUUUGAACUCAAUAAAUAUAAGGCAUAUAGCUAACUCAAUAAGGACCCACGGAACUGGUAUAAUGAACACAACAGUGAAUUUCACUUAUCAGUUUUUAAAGAAUAAAUUUUAUAUAUUCUCCCAGUUCAUGUACGAUGAACAGAUCAAAUCGCGACUCGCUAAAGAUCUCAGGAAUUUCAAAGAAACAUCAGGAGAGAAUGGAAAUGUUUAUUUAUACAAGAAUGCGGAAAAAUUUAACAAAGGAAUCAAAGUCUUAGGAGUUGUAGAAGAUGGGCAAAGUUAUUUGGAUCUGUUUAGAGAUCUUAUUAGUCAAAUAGGUAAUGCAAUGGGAUAUGUUCGCAUGAUUAGAUCUGGCGGCAGACAUUGUUGUUGCGAUGCGACAGCGUUUCUUCCCAACCUUGAAAUAAGAGAUUUCAAAGGACUCUGUGAACAGAAUGCUCUUAACGAAAAAACUAUACAUACCGCUGAUAAUUUAGAAGACAAUAUUAAUGAUCUUGUAACAAAUUUCAUUCAAGGCACAGAAUAUUUUAAAUUACUUGUAGAAGUAUUUGCUCCUGUUUUCAGAAAUCCUAAAAAUGUACAUUUGAAAAACUUUUUCAUUAUUGUACCACCAUUGACACUGAAUUUUGUAGAACAUAUGAUUUUGUCAAAAGAUAAAAUGUCAAAGAAAAAUAAAGCUGGAGCAGCCUUCACUGAUGAUGGCUUUGCGAUGGGUAUUGCUUAUAUCCUCAAAUUGUUGGACCAGGACUCCAGUUUUGAGUCUCUUCACUGGUUUGAUUCUGUAUGGACUCACAUAAAAAAGGAAAGAGAAAAUAUCAAUGAGCAGAAAAGCAAAGGUUCUGUACAGUUGCAGCAAGCGUUAGCUCUUACAGAGAAGAAGAUCAAGACUCUAGAAGAUGAGUACAAGCUACUGUACUACAGCCUAACUAGUGCAAGAAUAUUCUUUAGAUGAAUAUUUAUAUUCUCCAAAAAGCUCAUGUUAUUAUAAAUUAUAUGCUGACGGCUGUUGUAAUUAUUUUGGAUUUAAUAUAUAUUUUACCUUUUAGUAGGGAAGCCCAGUAUGUUAAAAUUACAGUUACUCGAGCGUCAUGGGGACCGAUUGCAUUUUAAUUGGUAAAUUUACUUUUUUCGUUUUUAGCGGUGGAAAAAAAACUACAGACUUAAAAGCAAUCUUUUUAUUACUUUGGCUUACUGAAAUUUUCAGAAAAUUUUAAUGAUUAAUUAGGUUAUUUCCUUCAAAAUAAGUAAAAAAUUAAUCGCGCUCGUAUCUUGAGAACUAAAAUAUAAGGGUUUUAUUUUGUAACUUACGUUACGCUCAAAUCGUCAGAUUUUCGAAAUGUGCAGUUUUUACCUAACAACUCACCUACCUUAUCAUUUUUUGACGGCCUCCGUGGCGCGGUGGAUUUACGAGACAGAGGUCCUGGGUUAGAUCCCCGGCUGGACCGAUUGAGAUUUUCUUAAUUGGUCCUGGUCUGGCUGGUGGUGGCAGUUAGCGUUCCGGUACGAUGCCGUGUAGAAACCAAAAGGGGUGUGGAUUUUCAUUCUCCUCCUAACAAGUUAGCCCGCUUCCAUCUUAGAUUGCAUCAUCACUUAUCAUCAGGUGAGAUUGUAGUCAAGGGCUAACUUGUAAACAAAAAAAAAGUUCAUAAUCAAACGUGCUGGUUGAAUAUUUCUGAAGUUGGUUUUUUUUUCUGGUUGCCCUAAACGUACCCACCAAUAUUAAGGGCUCAUACUUGGUGGAGGUACUCAACAACGUGCAAGGCAAGGUCCCUUAUGUUUAUCUGCCACGCACACGAGUAACUGCAAAAAUCCCCUCCUUGGAUCCCCUACUAUUUUCUUCAUUGGUGUUAUAUUUAAAUACAUAUUAUAAGGAAUGUUGAAAUAAAAAAAUACGUUUAUCGUUGUUGAUGUUGAUAUAUUAUAAUUAUAGUUUUUUUAACAUAAGAUUAUUAUCGCUACUACACCUGCGCCUAUCGAGCAAUUUCGCUAAACGAAUACAUUAAAAGUUAAGUCCUACUUACAUAUAAUAUUAGACAUGUAACAUUGACACACCUAUAAAUUUAAAACAAAUUAAACUACUUUAGUCUCUGGCCAAAUACACAAAAUAUUAAAAUACAAAGUUA